AUGCUCUUUGAGUGUGCCAUGUAUAAGGAUCAGAUCAAAGUCAAGCCUAACAUCAAUUUGAAUAUAGGAAAAAAGGAAUCACACCAAAACAGCAAAUCUAAACCUGAUGAUGUUGUUGAUUCAAUCAAGGAAGAUUUGGCAAAGCUCAAGUUGGCAAAGAAACUCAGUAUAAAUCGCAUAAAAUUCCCGAUCGUAGGUCGAGUUGGGAAGCCUGAGACAACGUACUUGAGGAAGAUUUAUUAUAUCCUGGAAGAAAAUAACAGAGGACUCAGGAAGAACUCUAUGGGAGAUGAAGCUCAAGAAUCCGAGACUGAAGAGGAUCAGCGUAUCAUGAUACACCCUAGACAAAUCACCAAGAUAUUCACAUCACCCGAAGUCCACCAGGCAGUUGACAUGUUUCCAACGCUACUAAAUUCGAGAGCACCAAUAAUCCCUGGACAAGUUGCUAUAAUAUCGCUGCAAGAAGAACACAAGGAACUGUUAACAAAGCAAUUGAGAGAUAGUAAUAUUUUUGGUAUAUUUGUCGCGCUUGUAACAAAAUAUGAUGAAACUAAUAAGGAAAAUCCGGAAAUAUCACCGCAUUGUAUGCUAUGCGAGUUUGUUGACAUCACCAACAUUGAUACCACCGGGAAAAUUGUCGUUCGCGGAAUUGAACGAUUUAAAAUAAGCAGAGUUUUGGCCAUAUCCGAAGCUUUGAUCAAGGGAGAAGUGGCACUUUUAAGAGAUUCUAGAGAACCCUUGCGAAAUCCGACUCUGAGUGCAGAGAUUGCCAAAAGGGUCGAAAAAUUAUAUGAUAAGUGUAACGGUCUGGAGGCAGACUACAGGAGGGCAGAUGGAAAUAUGGAUGAUGUGAAAGCCAUUGAAGCGAGAGAAUCCUUUAGUGUUAGACUCGGUAAUAUGAUAGAGGAUAUCAACAUAGAUGAAGAAGCAAGAAGAUUUAUCCUAGAGUUGACUGGGUUUAUUGGCCUGGAAUAUCACGCAGAUAUGCAAGUUAAACUAGAUGCAGCCAACAUGAUAGACACUGAAGACCGUCUGGUAAUGACCAAAGACCUACUAGAAAAGAAAUGCGAGAUCCUGAGGUCACGGAUAUCACAUCUAAGCGCCAAUGAAACAUCCACAGACAUAAACUCUACCCACAGUGACACUAAAACCUAA